AUGCCAUCACAGAGCGCCGCCAUCGUCAACCCGAAGCGCGUGCGUCUGCUCUCGAAGGCCAAGCUCCCUGCUGGGGGGAUCGUCUACUGGAUGGGCCGCGACCAGCGGGUGCAAGACAACUGGGCGCUGCUGCACGCAGCAGAGCUGGCAGAGGCCCACUCGCUCCCGCUCUCUGUCGUGUUUUGCCUCCCUCCGCCUGCCGCCGGCUCACCCUCCACGGGCCCGGGAUCGACGCUCCGCGAGUACGGCUUCAUGCUCAAGGGGCUGCGCGAGGUCUCCACGGAACUGGCGGCGCUCCGCGUGCCCUUCUGCCUGCUGCAUGGCGGCUCGCCUCCCGAGCUGCUCUCCCAGUUCUGCGCCCAGCACGAGGCGCUGCGCAUUGGCCUCUACCUCAACGACAAGUACUCGAUCGACGGGCGCGAUCCGAACGGCUACGUCGGCGUCGGCUGGUCCGUCAUGGGCGUGCACGACAUGGGAUGGGCGGAGCGCGCCGUCUUCGGUAAGAUCCGAUACAUGAACUACAACGGCUGCAAGCGCAAGUUCGACGUUAAGCAGUAUGUCGCAGAGUGGUCUGGCAAAAAGGCUGCUGCUGGCUCCACGUCGGCCGGCGCCAAGUCGGCGUCCGCCGGCAGGGCCAAGGCUGGCGGCAAGGCAAUGAAACAGACGACUCUCGGCGGCGGCAGCACGGCGGCGGCGGACGACGAGCCGAGGGCCCAGGGCGCCGCCGCCGAAGAAGCCCAAAGUUGGCCAUCCCGAUUGAGGGUCUGGUGGGUGGAGUCGGACCUGAGAGUCGACGGGCGAGGCAGUGGGCGGUACUGGGUACUGCGGGGGCUUGGCUGCGCCGCCAGUGGCUGGAGGGGAUAG